AUGACUGAAAUACUGUAUUCCGAAAGCGAUGUGCAGGCUCUCAAGGAUAAAGUCGUGGUGUUGACAGGAGGAGCCCAGGGCGUUGGUGCUGCUACUGUGGCCUUGUACCACGGUCUCGGGGCGCAUGUGUAUUUCGGAGACUGGGACGAGUCCAAAGGAAAGGAAGUCGAGCAAGAGUUGCAGUCGAAGAGUACUGGAGGAUCAGCGCACUUUCAAAAGCUUGAUGUACGGGACUAUGCCUCACAGCUAUCCUUGUUCGAUGUUCCGUUCAAGAAGCAUGGCACGAUUGACGUGGCAGUCUCCUGUGCAGCAGUCAGGGAGCCUAGAGGCUGGUUUGAGGGCCUAGACCUCGAAUCUGUGAAGAAGGAGCCGACCCCUCUCAGGGAACAUAUCGACAUCAACCUCGUAAGCGUGAUCUCUUUCAACAGAAUCGCUCUCGCCUACAUGAAAGCAAGCAAGCCACAAGGAGACGGCCCGGCCUUCUCAAAGUCUAUCUGCAUGGUGUCUUCCAUAGCUGGACUUACGGAAUCGCCAGGGCUCUUCGCCUAUGCGGCCUCCAAACACGGCGUGAUCGGCCUCCUGCGUGCUUUGAGACCAUGGGCACCCGUCCAAUAUGGCGUCCGAGUCAACGCAAUAUGUCCCUGGGCUACCGACACUCAGAUGUUGGGAAGCGUCAGGGAUGACUGGAUCGAUCAGAAGCUGCCACUGAACGCCCCGCAUGAUGUGGCCAAGAUCAUCGUCCAGUGCUCUGGGGAUCCCAAACUCAACGGUACAGCAAUCUUUGCGACUGGAGGCAAAUAUUUUGAUACCGAGAAAGGCAUCGAUAAAACAAUGCCCCAGUGGUUGGGAGAUCACAAUGCAAAGGAAUUCAACCGGGGACAAAGACUCCUUGGUAUUGGAGAAUUCUGGGCCGAGGAUUGA